AGUGGCUUGUCACGCCUGUUCAUCCUCUCAGAUUCACGGUGUCCACGACCAGCGAUGAGAAGGUAUACAAUACCAUCAAUCAUAUGUAUGUACAACACACGUACGUCCAGAGGGAAUUCUCUCCGAUGGACAGUACAAGAAGUGAAACGGCCGGGAGAAGCACUCCAGCUCUCUCCCUCGUGCGUGCCUUCCUCCUCGUCUCCGCCUGUCGCCUGUCGCCUGUCCUUCCACCACACACGCUCAUGUCCGUUUCUCAAACUCUACUGUCCAUGCACACCUCCAUCUUCUUAUUUUCUCCUUCUCUCUCAGCCCCCACAAAUCCUUCGAAUGUGGUUUUAAUUGGACUUUGGCCUUUUCCUCCGCCGCCCACGCACACACAACACACACGCCAUAUGCAAGGGUAGCGAUGCGCACCAUGAGCGUCCCUCUUGUAUCCACCGUGCGCAUGCGGCGACUGCGGUGAGAUUCUUUGCUUCACACACAGCUAAGGAUACCUAGGUAGUUACUCAGCGGGGUAGACGUACGGAAAUAUAUCGUGGCCAUGCGCAUCCACGACUGCGCACAGGACAUGCUGCAUUGCCUUGAUAACCUGUAGGU